AUGGCAACAUAUCAACCCUACAACGAGUUCUCGACGGUAUCGGGUGGCGGAUUCGAUAAUUCGCAAAGCUCUGGUCGGCCUAACUCCGGAAACGGAGGAUCGGGAUCUUCUUCGACCCUUACCCCGGUAACCAUUAAGCAAGUACAGGAAUCAAAGCAAAUAGUGCAAGACGGCCCUUUUGUCGUGAACAAUUUGGAGCUUCAUCACGUAUCUUUCGUGGGGGUGGUACGGAAUGUAGUGGAUAACACAUCGAAUAUCAACUUAACUAUAGAAGAUGGAACUGGGCAGAUCGAAGUGCGGAAGUGGAGUGACGACUCAAAUGACAUGGCCAAUGCGGCACAGGAUGAACAACCCGAUGCAGCUGAGAGCUCGCAGGUCGCGCAAAUGUAUGAGGUUGGAACUUACGUUAGAGUGUUUGGUGCGCUGAGGGAGUUCAGUGGCAAGAAAAAUGUUCAGUUUGCUGUAAUUAAGCCUAUCGAUAAUUUCAACGAGGUGAUAACGCAUUACUUAGAGGCUAUGAAGUGGCAUGCAAUUGCGAACGGGAAACUUGAGAGCCCUGUAAAUCUGCAGCCCAACUCUGAGCAAACCGGCGAAGAGCAGAACCUAUUUGUUCAGGAUAACUCAGCUAGCGAGCCGAAAACAGCAUUGCACAAGAUCCUGGAAUUCUGUACCGCCCAGUGUGAAGGCAAAGAUGCUAGCAGUUUUGCUGUCCACACUAAGCUGAUUGCGCAGAGCCUUGCGCUGUCAGAACCGGACGUCAAAAUGUAUUGUCAAACUUUGGUUGAUCAAGGUUUCAUUUAUCCCACCUUUGACGAUAGUAGUUUCUUUGUUUUAUAG